CCUGUCGGUGUGAGCACGCGUGCGAAUCGGUUCGGGAUUAGCCUUCGGUGGUGUUUAACUGAAACGGUAGGACCAUGUGACACGUAGCCGGAUGUGUGGUACGGCCUGCUCGAAUGUUCGGAACAGCUGGACCCUCGGGCGGGAUGUAACACGACGUACACGGGAAACGUAUUGUUUAAUGUGGCGAAGCAGAUAACGAAAUAAAACGAACGUUAACUUGUUCAGUUUUAAUAAUCAGAGCUAAUUGAAGUUGCGUGUAUAGGAUAGCUUUUAAUAUCAUUUAGUGUAACUGUGACAACGUAAAUGUGGCUUUGUUCUCGGUGCGCUGAAAGGGUUGUGACUAGCUGUGAAUAACCCGAAGUCCUUGCAAGCUGUGGUCUUUGCAUAUUGGAGAUUUUCAUGUUUACUGUGCUGUUCAAACAUGGCAUAACAUCGAGUGCCAAUUUUAGUCUAAUGCCUGUGGGGAAGUUAGUCGAAGAAAGAUGAUAAUAAAUAAAAGCAAAGUGUUGUUUGUGUGCACUCUCUCGCUGAGGAUAAAUCGAUUCUUCGAAGUGUGCGACUGAGGAGUAAUUUUAACGGAAAAUUAACUUCUAAUUUAUUUAUGGUUACGACGGGGCGACGAAUAUCCUGCCGGCAGAUUGCUUUGAACCUAUUUUCGCGCGGAGAAGAUAAUGGUGAUGAGCUUUUCGAGUUUGUAAGUAUGUGUAAAUUGCUUUCAAGCAUCGUUUCACGCGUCGAUUAGGCAAAGUUGUUUUCGGUGCCGACAAUGAAAACAACGGUGUUGAAAUGUGCUGUAUAGCUGACGAAGGAAAGCCAGUGAAAUUAGAUAUUAUUAACCCAAGGCCGCCUAGUCAAGCAACCAGUUGAUUAAGAUUCCUGAAGACAAGGAAAAUAUUCCCUCGGGCUGUUGUUAGUACAAGCCGACUCGCAAGGGAGCAAACGAAAUGUGUCACAUUCAUGUCUACAAUCACAGUCGAACAGAAAGCAGCCAAGUAGUUAAGAAGGGCUAAACGAAGCUGACGUGACAGCGAAAUAGACCUACCACAUCGGCACUAUUCGUUGUCACCGGGGAGUAAGAUCAAUAGUCGCAUACCAUUCGACGCUUUGAAGGCAACAGCAAUCCGCAUGGGUAGAAUGAAAGCGUGCGAAUGAAAUUGAAUGUUCAUAUAUUAUUCAUUCUAACUCACUCCAGGCUGACAAAAACAAUGCGGUGUUAUAAACGCGAGAACCUAUAAUGUCCGAAUAGUUUUGUGGUAGUAAUUAUUGUACCUAAGUUUUCCAGUCGAUUGAGUACAUUGAUUAAAACUGACCAUGCGUCUCCAUCGCAAUCGGUUUCGGUGACGACGCUUGGUUGUUUCCUACCUUCAUGUCACAAAAACUAAAUUGCUUUACUUAAAUUUUUCCAGUUCCAAAAAUAUUCCAAGCUAUUUUAAACUACCGGUAAAUACAACCGUAGGGAUAGGAAAGAAUCUUACCGAUAGGAAAAGUGUGUCACCGGAUCAUUUCAAAACGGAAUAGUGUCAAUAGUGAGAGGGUGGAUGCUAUAAAAAUCAGCAAACAUGAAAAGCUAUUUACAUAACUGUUGACUUCGAGUGGGGUUCUGGCUUCGAAAUACCCUUGGAAAUUAAUUGGGAAAAAAUCAUGUUCUGACGUCAACAGCUACAGCCGGAAAUACAUACUGUAGUGUGCAAGUCUGCGGAAGAAGUCGACGAGCUUGAGCUUUCGGAAGGACAGUGCUCCACAAGAAGUUCCACUAGCAUGAAAAAAAGAAAACGAAUCAAACCGGCGAGAUCUGCUCGAAGCCAAAAGGAUGAAGAGAAAAUCGUUGCGCUUAGUGCCGUGUGGUCAUAAGCUGCUGCAUGUUUUUUUUUUGUGUUGGCAGAAGAUAUUUUGUGAUAGUAAAAAAUGAACAGUGUGAAAACGAUGGCGGUCUGCAUCAGUAGCAGUGGAAUAGAAAUUGGCCCGCAGUAGUUUUCGCAAGAAGUUUACCAGUGCACUUACUGGUUGGUUCGCAGUUUAAUUUUUCCUGCUGCUGCCAUACACCGCACCGGUUUAUGAUGGUUCGCACAGAGUCAACAGCGAGAGUAGCAGGAUCAGCAACAGUAUAAAUGCAAUAUCUUGCUGUAUUGAAAAGGAAACGUGUAGUGAAACGAGUGUAAAUAGAAAGUUUCUAGUGGAAAAUUCGGUUUCAUCGAGUGAGAAGUGACUUUUGCGCAUUCUGCAUGUAGCACAUAACUAGCUGGUAGUGGCAGCAUCAUCGUUUAUCACAUUUUAAUCAUUCAAGGUGAAAAUGAGCUGAGAGUUAGUCUAUACUUAGAUAGUGGCCAUACUAAAACAGGUAGCGUUAGCAACUAGAGUUACGCUCUGUCAUCUGGAAACUUGAACCGAGUUUUCUCUAGAUUAUACAUCCCAUCUAUUCAGAAUAAGUAAGAAACAACAACAACAACAAAUAUGAACAGCAACAUGGAUUCCGACCACCGGGUCGUGCUGAAUGUCGGUGGCAUUCGGCACGAAACGUACAAGGCGACGCUCAAGAAGAUCCCAGCGACUCGUCUAUCCCGACUGACCGAAGCGUUGGCCAACUAUGAUCCCAUCCUGGACGAGUACUUCUUCGAUCGGCAUCCGGGUGUAUUUGCACAGGUGCUGAACUACUACAGAACCGGAAAACUGCACUACCCAACCGAUGUCUGUGGUCCACUGUUUGAGGAAGAACUGGAAUUUUGGGGACUCGAUUCGAAUCAGGUGGAACCCUGCUGCUGGAUGACGUACACGCAGCAUCGCGACACCCAGGAGACAUUGGCGGUUUUGGAGCGACUCGAUCUGGACACCGAGAAACCAACGGAGGAGGAGCUGGCUCGGAAGUUUGGCUACGAGGAUGACUAUUACAAGGGAACGGUCUCGUGGUGGCAGCACAUGAAACCCCGAAUGUGGUCACUGUUCGAUGAACCGUACAGUUCGAAUGCUGCCAAAAUAAUCGGUGUGAUAUCGGUGUUCUUUAUUUGCGUAUCGAUCCUAUCCUUUUGCCUGAAAACCCACCCGGAUAUGCGCGUACCGGUGAUACGGAAACUUACGGUCAAUACGGCCAACGGGAGCACGGCCUGGGUGCUGGAUAAGGAUCACACGAAUGCACAUGUCGCGUUCUUUUACAUUGAGUGUGUAUGCAACGCGUGGUUCACGUUGGAGAUUUUGGUUCGGUUCAUCUCAUCGCCGCACAAGUGCGAAUUCAUCACCUCAUCUGUAAAUAUCAUCGACUACGUCGCCACGCUGAGCUUCUACGUGGACCUGGUGCUGCAGAAGUUCGCCUCCCAUCUGGAGAAUGCCGACAUCCUGGAGUUCUUCUCCAUCAUCCGCAUCAUGAGACUGUUCAAGCUAACCCGCCACUCGUCCGGGCUGAAGAUCCUGAUCCAGACAUUUCGGGCAUCGGCCAAGGAGUUAACACUGCUGGUGUUUUUCCUCGUGCUGGGCAUUGUGAUAUUUGCCAGCCUAGUCUACUACGCGGAACGGAUCCAGGCGAAUCCGCACAAUGACUUCAAUAGCAUACCGCUGGGACUGUGGUGGGCACUGGUCACGAUGACUACCGUGGGCUACGGUGAUAUGGCUCCGAAAACCUACAUCGGAAUGUUCGUGGGUGCGUUGUGUGCGUUGGCUGGUGUGCUGACAAUUGCACUCCCGGUGCCGGUCAUUGUAAGCAAUUUUGCCAUGUACUACUCGCACACACAAGCAAGAGCAAAACUGCCGAAAAAACGGCGACGAGUGCUGCCCGUUGAACAACUGAGGGCCCCAAGAGUGGCAGGGCAACCGGGAGCCAUGGGUAUGCCUGGUUCAGGUCCGAUGGCUCGCCGUAUGAACCAACCGAAAACAAAGGACAUCGGGCCGAAAAUAGGUCCCAUCGGUGCCAGCAUCGUAGCCAUGUGUCCCAGAAAUGUGGGCCUACACACCAACCCGGCACUGGCGAUGUGCAAGCCAACGUUCGAGGUUCGACCUCCGACAAUCUGUUCCAAUAGUAACAACAACAACAACAACACUAACAGCGGCUGUGGAGUCCCGACCACCAUCGGCACCGGUCAGCAGGUUCUAAUUCCACGUGAUGCCACCGGGAAGCUGAUCAACAACAAUAACAGUAGCACCGCGAACAACAACCAUUCCGUCAGCCCGAACGGAAAUGCUAAUAACACCAAAUGAAAUGAAUGUACAAUUUUUAUUUUUCAAGCAGAGUUUUGUACAUCAGCCCACAGAUAGAUAGCUUUCUAUUAAUUUAGGCAAAUUGUAUCUAUUUAAAAAUAAUCUAGCUAUAAACUAGUUGAAAUUUGUUUACAUAUGUAAAUGUUUUCAGUUAUUUUAGUGCGUUGACGUACGGCAAUACUAACCCAAUUAAAUCUGCAAACUAUACACUUAUGAAGGCUCAAUUAGAUGGUAUACCGGUUAUUUUUUCAUUGGUCCAACAGUGGAUAGGUGCAGCAUGGAAGCAGGUCCCACUCAGUUGUAAUCCUUUAUUCGAACUGAACAAAUUACAAUCAGCGCUUACAUCCGUUUUCUGUUUGCUUUUUUUAAGAUAAAAAAAACAGUUUACAGCUACGGGUUAGGAAAAAUACUACAGUGAAAUGGAGUACCAAUAUUGUCAGGUAUAUCAAUUUCCUACAUGGACCAAUAUCAAUUUAUUUUUAUUAAUUAAACAUGCAAUCCAACGGUUGGUGUACAUUUUGCUAGAGUGAUGCAAUCGGGUAACGUUUUGUGUUUGUAAAAUGACGAAUUAUUCAGCGAACUGUUUUUAACCAAACAAGAAGCAUUUAAUGUGAUACAAGUAGGCUUACAGAACAAAGUGAUGAUAUUUGAACGUAAAUCAACUGGAGGGAUUAGAGUGUAAUAAAAAUUAAGCAACUGCUACUUGCGACAUAGUGAAACCAAAUUUCAUCUAUAUUUUAAUGUGUUUAGAAUUAAGAAAAGCUUUCACGACAUUUCGUUUUAAAGUGCAUAAAUCAUCUUUUCAACCGUCAUUGAACGAAAUCUACAAUAGAAAUGUUAUUACUAGAAGUGGCGGCAAAUCAACAACUUUCGUUAUAUUAAAAUAAAAAGA